AUCAGUUUCUUAUCUCUCCGAGUAGGAUGUGAUCACUGAUUCUACGUGUGGACAAACAAACGGUACCCACCCACAGCUCACAUCGCAAAGGCUAUGGCACUUAUCGGGCAGGGAAAACGAGAGGAAGUAACAGACGCUUUCGGAUCUGUCGACCGUGGUGACACCCACAACUUUACUGGAUGCGUCAAGUUAAAGAGCAUAUUCUGUGACAUCUCUCAGUCCUUCUCCCCUUGGUUCUAGUCCGUCGCCUUGUUCGAGACGCCUGUUUCUGCCCAUGUAGGAUCUCAUGUAUUUCAAUUGGGCAGACACGCAGCUACUCCUCCUGAUAGAGCAUUGCAUACGAAGAGGGGAAUACAACGAGAGUUUACAACUUUUAGCGAACGCUCCUGAUUUUGGCCCGUUUCUCCACGUUCCAGAAGCGAAGAUACUACCGCUUGUAUUCGGUUGGGAUAUCUACGAUCUAGUGUAUAUGAUUCAGCAACUGAUAUGUCAAGCCCUGUUUGCAUCUGGACGUAUGCGAGAGGCGAUGGACUCUCUGCACGUAAACGACAAUCGCCUCGACGAAGAGAAUGAAGCGAGGAAGGCCGACCUUCGUUGGCUCGGCGGUCUGUGGUUUUACUACCGAAUUUUGGAGCAGUUAGGUGACGGAGCCAUAUGCCAAAAGAAAUAUGACGAUGAUAUCACUUGGUACUCUGUGCCACUGUGCCUUUGCCCAGAAUCUCGGGCUGUUGAUGGUAGAUCGGGCGGGUUUCGGUAUGACUCGUUCAUCCACUGUACUCAAGUGGUAUGCUCUAGAAUUCGCAAAGGAAUGUCUCUCAGCAAUAGAAGUGACCAACGAUGCGGAAUGUGGAGCAAUUACGAAGGACUUGGCCUUGAUGGCUCGCUAUUCCCCGGUUCUACCCGCGUUUUCGUCAAGCGGAGCAAGGCAAGAGUACUUAUGUAAAGAGUUUUGGGAUGAUGGUUUGGAAGAUACCGACCAAGUCAAGAUUUCUUUCGCGUAAUCCUCACCAGGCAGUCCUAAAUGCAUGCCGUUCG